UAAAAUUUUAAAAAUUAGGUAACCCUUACGGCCGUUACCGUCUGGGGACGAGAGGAUAACGCCUGACGGCACCGGCGAGCCUGACCUUGGCGCCGGCCAACGGCGGUCAACUGCUAAGUAAAACCACGCGCUAAAAGCGAGAGUAGACCAGUGUCAUCGUCGUUACCUUCAACAGAAAGCCUCCGGACGCCGUCAUCUUAUCCCUUCUGACAACAGCUCUUCUGUUCUAACGCUCAGGCAGACUACAAAUAAGCAUUCGCCCAUUCUUAUCGCUCUUCGCUUUUCCUCUGCACUCUUCUUCGAUCUACGACCUCUUUUGGAUUGCGAAACUUCGAUUCAGUUUUGCUCGGCGACAGACUCAGUUAUGGAUAGAGCGAUUUACAGACAGAGAGUUCUGCUUGAACAUCUCCGUCCUUCUAAUCAAAACCACGAGUCUUCAGUAUCUGCAUCUGUUUGUUUGGCUGGUGAUAGUGCUGCAUACCAGAGAACUGCUGCAUUUGGCGAUGAUGUGGUUAUAGUGGCUGCAUAUCGUACUGCAAUGUGCAAGUCCAAAAGGGGUGGUUUUAAGGACACUUUUGCUGAUGAUCUACUUGCGCCUGUUUUAAAGGCAGUGGUAGAGAAAACAAACCUGAACCCAAGUGAAGUUGGGGAUAUUGUCGUCGGUACAGUGCUUGCACCAGGUUCCCAAAGAGCAAGUGAAUGCAGGAUGGCUGCAUUUUAUGCUGGUUUUCCUGAAACUGUUCCAGUUAAAACUGUAAAUAGACAAUGUUCCUCUGGCCUUCAGGCAGUUGCCGAUGUUGCUGCUGCUAUUAAAGCCGGAUUCUAUGACAUUGGUAUUGGGGCAGGGUUGGAAUCUAUGACAGCAAAUCCAAUGGCUUUUGAUGGGACAGUCAAUCCAAAAGUAGCAGAAUUUGAACAAGCCCAAAAUUGUCUUCUCCCCAUGGGCGUUACUUCUGAAAAUGUGGCUGCUCGUUUUGGAGUAACAAGACAGGAGCAAGACCAGGCUGCAGUUGAGUCUCAUUGGAAGGCUGCUGCUGCAACUGCCCUUGGUAAAUUCAAAGAUGAAAUAAUUCCUGUAGCCACCAAGAUUGUUGACCCAAAGACUGGGGAGGAGAAACCAGUUACAAUCUCUGUGGAUGAUGGUAUUCGGCCUAAAACGACAAUUUCAGAUCUGGGAAAGCUGAAACCUGUGUUUAAGAAAGAUGGGAGCACUACUGCUGGGAACUCCAGCCAAGUGAGUGAUGGUGCUGGAGCUGUUCUCCUUAUGAAGAGAAGUGUUGCAAUGUGUAAAGGAUUACCCAUUCUUGGUGUAUUUAGGACAUUUGCUGCUGUUGGCGUGGAUCCCAGCAUCAUGGGCAUUGGCCCAGCUGUUGCAAUUCCUGCUGCAGUCAAGUCUGCUGGUCUUGAACUACAGGAUAUUGAUCUUUUUGAAAUAAAUGAGGCAUUUGGUUCCCAAUUUGUAUAUUGUCAGAAGAAGCUGGAUCUUGAUCCAGAAAAGAUUAAUGUCAAUGGAGGUGCAAUGGCCAUUGGGCACCCUUUAGGUGCAACAGGUGCCCGCUGUGUUGCUACUCUAUUGCACGAGAUGAAGCGCCGUGGCAAAGACUGUCGUUUCGGAGUGGUGUCAAUGUGCAUAGGUUCUCUCCCUCUCUCUCUCCCUCUCCCUCUCCCUCUCUCUAUGAUAUGGCUGAUGACCAAUAUGUGUGACCCACUUGGUGCACUGCAGGGACAGGAAUGGGAGCAGCAGCAGUGCUGGAGAGGGGUGACUGUGUUGAUGAACUCCGCAAUGCACGGAAAAUUGAAACCCACAAUCUUUUAUCGAGGGAUGCCCGGUAGACUUCACCAUGCUUCUCCCUGCGUGUCAAUCACCUGUCUAUUCAAUAAAAUUUAUAGCUGGAAGAGGGAUUCAUAAUAAGGUGGUGUUGUGUAAUCAAUGACAUUAUUGAGACGCAGGAUUCUAUAGCAACCCUCCUCCCUCUUAUAUAACUUAUACCAAGCAAAGGUCUGCCAUGUUUUUCUCUUCAUUUUAUUGCGUAUAAUGCAUUAGUGACCGUGCUUAACAGGC